CUGUAAUUAAUUCAGUGUCUCUUUUAAUCAAACUGAAAGGAAUCGGGCAGUGGCUUGCGGAGCCGUGACAUCACCCCCAAAAUCGGCCAGAGCCAAUCAGCGUCAUCACUCCGGGGACACGUGGGCGAGUCCCCUUAAAAAAACACACACACACACACACACACACACACACACACAACACAACGAAAAAAAAAAAACCGAAAAAAAAAAACCCAGCCCCAAAGUAAAAGUGACACAAGUUCAUAUUUUAAAGGAAGGGGGGGAGGCGAAGGCGCGCGCGGAGGACGGGCGGAGAGCUGCAACCGCGGAGCCGGGAGGCGCUGUCCACGGUGCUGACGGGGCCCCCGGAGCGGUGGGAGCGUGGAGAGAAGACCUCACUGGCCAGGUGGAGCGUCAUGCGCCCAGGGCCGCCGCCGCCGCUAUCCGCGGUGCUGACGCCGCCAGGUGCGCCCCGAUCCCUCGGCUGGUAGCUCGGCUCGGGCCCGCUGCUAUCCGCGGUACUGACCCCGCUGCCCUCGGCCACCACUCGCCUGGAAGAAGCGUGCAGCUUGGAUUUUUUUUUUUUUAAGCCCUUCUUUAUUUAGAUUCCAGCGUCUUCGCAUCUCUUCUGUGCCAAAGGGGAGCUCAGGCCGUCCUUCUCCCCCUUGGCUCUCCCCAACUUGGCGCACCCUCCCUCCCGCUUCUCCCUGACACUCCCACCACCCCCCCUCGGCUCGGCGGCUCGGCGCGAUGCUGCAGAAGACGCGCUGAGCCCUUUUGGAUCUAAUGCGCAGAGGAGGUUGGCCCAGAGCUCCUGGGCUCCCCCAAGGCUGAACUCCAUCCAAGGUGCCCGCAGGCUCCCUGCCCGCCUUCCCCAUGCCAGCCCGCAGCUAGGGGCAGGGGCAGCGGCGGCUGGGGUUGGGGGUGGGUGGGGAGCUUUUGGGGAGGACAGGUUGCAGCUUGGCUAUGGAAGGCUCCAAUGGCUUUGGGAUCGACUCCAUUCUCUCCCACCGAGCGGGCAGCCCCGCCCUUCCCAAGGGGGACCCCUUACUCGGGGACUGCCGCUCUCCCCUGGAGCUGAGUCCUCGCUCAGAGAGCAGCAGCGACUGCUCUUCACCAGCCUCGCCAGGAAGGGACUGUCUGGAGACGGGAGCCCCGCGGCCUGGCGGGGCUUCGGGACCAGGUUUGGACUCCCACCUGCAACCUGGGCAGCUCUCGGCCCCAGCCCAGUCUCGCACCGUGACCUCCUCCUUUCUGAUCAGGGACAUCCUUGCCGACUGCAAACCGCUUGCGGCCUGUGCACCCUACUCUAGCAGCGGGCAGCCAGCCGCUCCUGACCCUGGGGGCCGUCUUGCGGCCAAGCCUGGGGAGGACUUUAGAGACAAGCUGGACAAAAGUGGCAGCAACGCCUCAUCGGACUCUGAGUAUAAAGUGAAGGAGGAGGGCGACCGGGAGAUCUCCAGCUCCAGGGACAGCCCCCCGGUGCGCCUGAAAAAGCCACGCAAGGCGCGCACGGCCUUCACGGACCACCAGCUGGCACAGCUGGAGCGCAGCUUCGAGCGACAGAAGUACCUGAGCGUGCAAGACCGCAUGGAGCUCGCAGCCUCGCUCAACCUCACCGACACGCAGGUCAAGACCUGGUACCAGAACCGCAGGACUAAGUGGAAGCGACAGACGGCCGUCGGGUUGGAGCUGCUGGCCGAGGCGGGCAAUUACUCGGCGCUUCAGCGGAUGUUCCCGUCGCCUUAUUUCUACCCGCAGAGUUUGGUUUCCAACCUGGAUCCCGGCGCCGCGCUCUAUCUGUACCGCGGGCCCAGCGCACCGCCGCCCGCGCUGCAGAGACCUCUGGUCCCUCGCAUCCUCAUCCACGGACUCCAGGGCGCCAGCGAGCCGCCGCCGCCGCUGCCACCGCUGGCCGGGGUCCUCCCGCGCGCCGCGCAGCCUCGGUGAACGCCCGCCCGCCCGCCGGCCCGCCCGCCCAGGCGCACCCGGCCCCCCGUCCCGGGGCUCCGCACUGGCCCCCCUCCGCCAACCUCGGGGAGGGCGCGGGGUUUCACGCCUCUUCCUGGGGCGGGGGGCGGCUCCCCGACCGGCCCUCCCUGGCGUCGGGCCCAGCGUCCCCAGAAGGGCCAAAUGCCAAGUCUUCUAAGGCCCGGACCCCCGGACUGAGUCCCCCUAAUCCUCCCCGCCAUCCUCUCUCCCGGUCACUCUAUCAGGGAGCCACUUCCAUCGCCGGUGUACAUACGUCCCAUCCCCCCAACCCCGCCACCGGCGCGCCCCCUCGCCCCUCCCGGGAGCAGGUGGGGCGACCCCCUUGCAGCGCUCUCCCGCUUCCCGCUCCAGCUGUACACCGAGCCCUCACCCCGCAGCCCUGACACACGGAGGAGAAGGGGAGUGCGAGCCCCCUGUCCCGCGCCAGGGCCGGCAGCAGAG